AUGCUGAAACAGAGCGAGAGGCGACGCUCCUGGGGCUCCAGGCCCUGGAGCACCACGGACAGCGAGGUCCCGCCGCACGCGGGGGCCAGCCAGCAGCACCGUGGGAGCAUCGGCUCCUCGGGAGGCCGCAGCGGGUCCCAGGCCAGCAUCACCCCUUGGACCGAAGGCAACUACCACUACUACAUCGAGGAGGAGGAGGAGGAGGAGGACGGGGAGGAGGAGGAGGAGGAGAUGCAGGAGUGGAUGCAGGGAUGGAAGGACGACCCAGCCGAGGAGGACCCGCCGGCCGAACCCACGUCCCAGCUCCAGGACGGCGCAGACCUGCGGGCGCCCGGGUCCACGCUGCACGUGAACGUGGGCGGCCAGAGCUACCGGCUGGACUGCGGCGCGGUGGCGCGGCACCCCCGGACGCGCCUGGGCCGCCUGGUGACCGCGCCCAGCCGCCGCGGGCAGCGGGGCCUGUGCGACGACUUCGAGGAGGCCACGGCCGAGUAUUUCUUCGACCGCGACCCGGCCGUCUUCCAGCUGGUGUGCAACUUCUACGCGUCCGGGGUGCUGCUGGUGCGCGACGAGCUGUGCCCGCGCGGCUUCCUGGAGGAGCUGGGCUACUGGGGGGUGCGGCUGCGGCACGCGCCCCGCUGCUGCCGCAUCUGCUUCGAGGAGCGGCGGGACGAGCUGGCCGAGCAGCUCAAGGUCCAGCGCGAGCUGCGCGCCCAGGCGCGCGCCGAGGAGGCCGGCGAGCUGUUCCGCGACGCGCGCUGCCUGGGCGCGCAGCGCCAGCGCCUCUGGGACCUGCUGGAGAAGCCCUUCUCGUCGGCGGCGGCCAAGGCGGUCGGCGUGGCCUCCAGCCUCCUCGUGCUGGUCUCGGUGGUGGCCCUGGCCCUGAGCACCGUGGAGGGGCCGCGGCCGGCCCUGCUGGAGCACGCGGAGCUGCUGUGCAUGGGCUUCUUCACGCUCGAGUUCCUGCUGCGCCUCGCCUCGACGCCGGACCCGCGCCGCUUCGCGCGCAGCGCGCUCAACCUGGUGGACCUGGUGGCCGUCCUGCCCCUCUACCUGCAGCUGCUGCUCGAGGCCGUGGCGGGCGAGGAGCGGCCCCGCGAGCACGAGCUGGAGACCGUGGGCCGCGUGGGCCAGGUGGGCCAGGUGCUGCGCGUCACGCGGCUCCUGCGCGUCCUCCGCAUCCUCAAGCUGGCGCGCCACUCGACGGGGCUGCGCGCCUUCGGCUUCACGCUGCGCCAGUGCUACCAGCAGGUGGGCUGCCUGCUGCUCUUCAUCGCGCUGGGGGUCUUCGCCUUCUCGGCGGCCGCCUACUCCGUGGAGCACGACGUGCCCGGCACCAACUUCACCAGCAUCCCGCACGCCUGGUGGUGGGCGGCGGUGAGCAUCUCCACUGUGGGCUAUGGAGACAUGUACCCAGAGACCCACCUAGGCAGGCUUUUUGCCUUCCUCUGCAUUGCUUUUGGAAUCAUACUCAAUGGGAUGCCCAUUUCCAUCCUCUACAACAAGUUCUCUGAUUACUACAGCAAACUCAAAGCUUAUGAGUACACUGCCAUGAGAAGAGAAAGGGGAAAUGUGGAGUUCUUACAGAGAGCCAGAAAGAAGAUGACGGAGUGUUUAGCUAGAAGCAACUUACAGCCCACCCCAAGACAAGAGAAUUAG